GGCAACAAUGGCCGCCGUCGACGGGAUCGAGGAGCUGAGAACUGAGAUUGAGCGUCUGUCGCGUGAGCUCGACUUGGCCUCCACCGAGAAAAUACAGUCGGCUCAGUACGGACUCGCGCUGCUCGAGGAGAAGUCGGCCCUGCAGCAACGGUGCAACGACCUCGAGGCACUCUACGAAAAUACGAAGCAUGAGCUGGAGAUCACGCAGGAGGCGUUAGCAAAGUUUCAAACAACUACAAAAAUAACAGCAAAAAGCGGCAUCGAACAAGAAGAGAGUCUUCUUAAUGAGAGCGCCGCUCGGGAAACGUCUUUGCAAUCACAGAUUAUCGAAUUAGAAAACGAAACAAAGCAGUUACGGCAUGAAUUGGAACGGGUGGAGGCAGAGCGUGAUCACGCGCUGCAAGAGCGCGAAGAGGUCGGGAAAGAUCAUCAACAGGCGGAGACGGAGCGUAAGUCGUUGCGAACGGAAUUGCGGGAGUGCAGAUUCCGCGAGACUCGUCUGCUUCAGGAUUACUCCGAGCUGGAGGACGAGAAUAUCUCAUUACAGAAGCAAGUGUCCGGUUUGCGGUCAAGUCAGGUGGAGUUUGAAGGUGCCAAACACGAGAUUCGACGACUCACGGAGGAGGUCGAAUUGUUGAACAGUCAGGUAGAAGAGUUGACGAAUCUGAAGAAAAUAGCAGAGAAGCAGAUGGAGGAGGCGUUGGAGUCCUUGCAGGCCGAACGUGAAGCCAAGUACGCUUUGAAAAAGGAAUUGGACCAGAGGAUCAACAGCGAAUCGAUCUACAAUCUUAGCAAUUUGGCGCUUUCCAUUCGGGGCAUCACAGAGGAUCAAACGAUAUGCAGCGAUGGUGAGGAUGACUCGCCUGCGCUGCGUAGAAUCGAGGCGGACUUAAAGACGCAAGAACCAGGCACAUCUGCAACCGACAAACAGGUUGAUUUGUUUUCUGAAAUUCAUCUGAACGAAUUGAAAAAACUGGAGAAGCAACUAGAGCUUGCGGAGACCGAAAAGGCUCAUCUGACGCAAAAUCUGCGCGAGUCGCAAUACGCGGUCGAAAAGAGUCAAGCGGAAUUGCAAUCGUUCGUUGCGCGAAUAGUGCAGCUGGCAGCGCAUGUGCAAUCGUUACAUCAUCUUCACUCGAAAUUACCGGAAAAGCAGAGUGAAGAGACGACGUUAGAUAAACUCAAUCAGGCCGUUGUGCAAUAUCAUCAAUGGAGCACAAUGUCCGCUCGCGAGAUUAAUCAGUUGCAGAAAGAUCUGUCCGAAUUGGAGAACGGAUUAACUGUAUCAGACUCCACGCAGCAGCUAAGAACAGAGCUGACGAAUCUGAGAAACAAGAUACCCGAGUCAGAGAAGAGCCUUCGAGAAAAGCUCCUGGACACGGAACAGAGGAGCAUGCAACUCGAAUCGGACGUGUCCACUUUGUCGAAACUCACCGCAGAAGCGGGCGGUUUCCUUGAUUCUGCUCAGAACGACCUGCAGAAUCUCUCCGACGAGCUCGCGCAACUCUAUCAUCACGUAUGCACCGUUAACGGCGAGACACCUUCGAGAGUAGUGCUGGAUCAUGAAAAGUCAGAGAUACCCGAGAAGGAGGAGGAAAAUGGCAAAAUGGAUUGGUGCAGGACUCUAUUCAAGACCGAUAUCAAGAUUAAGGAUUUGGAGAGUCUUAGCAAGGCGAAGGAAAUUGCGAAACACAUAGAGACCGCGAUGGACCAAAUAAAACAUCUCAGAAAUGCCGUAGAACACACGCUUGAACUAUCCAAAGUCAAAGGAAUGCAGUCCAAUAUUUGCAACGUUUGCGAAGCGUCUGUCAAUGAGAACAAAGCAGACGUAACAGAUCUUCAAGAGCAAGUUAUCAGAUUAAAGGCCUUGUUAUCCGCUAAACGGGAACAGAUCGCCACAUUAAGAACAGUGCUUAAAUCAAAUAAAAAUACAGCAGAAGUAGCGUUAACGAAUCUGAAGAGCAAGUACGAAAACGAGAAGAGCAUUGUUAACGAGACGAUGCUUAAGCUGAGGAAUGAGCUUAGAAUGUUGAAAGAAAACGCCGCGACAUUCUCGAGUCUGCGUGCAAUGUUCGCUGCACGCUGUGAAGAGUACGUGACGCAAGUGGAUGAACUUCAGCGGCAGCUUACCGUAGCGGAAGACGAUCGAAAGACGCUGAACCAGCUUCUGCGCCUAGCAGUACAGCAGAAGCUCGGUCUCACCAUGAAACUGGAGGAGCUUGAGGUCGAUCGGGAGCUGCGCAACACCAGGAGACACGCCGCCGGCGCGAACGGACGCGGUAGACCUCGACUGUCGCAACAGACAAACCGUCCCCACUUAGGCAGAGAUUUCUUCUAGAAAAUGAUGAAGAUGUGGAGUAAAAUAUUCUGAGAAGCGAGAAUUUUGAGAACCUUUUCAAAUUUUUCUACUGCUCGUUGCCAAGCUCGUUUCGCGGGUUUGGAACUCUAGUGAGUAUACUAAUUGUCUUCUUCGUCUAAAGAGAAUGUCCGCAGUCUCGUUAUCCGUAAUAAUCGUUUCGUCGCGUUGAAAAAUAUACGACACGUAUUUUUACAAAAGGAUGAACGAGCACGCGUGAGUGCUUGAGAAAAUUAAAGAGGAAAAUGAAGAGGAAAAAAAGAGAGAGAAGGAAACGAUGACGCCGUCCUCACUGAUACGGGAGAGAAUCGCGCUCGAUAAAUGGAACGGGGAAGUAAGAGCUGCGUUUUGAAGAGCUUCGAAAUGUUCAGUUUUACACCCCAUGGAUUUUGCUCCAUAUCAUAGAGUCUCUUCAGGAAGCUCUGCCUUGUGUUACCACUAUUGUUAGUAGAGGAAUUUAGGAAUUAUAAAAGGAGAAUGUAGAGAUAACAUACUUUCGUUGACGGCGCCCUGCUGAUCGUGGAGUCGCCACGUGUUUGCGAAUUGUAUCGUUCCGCGAUGACGCGCGUAAGCCGUGUCAAAACUGUUAAAUGCAUUAAAUCAGCGCAAGCGUUCUAUUGAUAUAUUCUCGUUUUUAUUAUACGGAGAGAACACUACGUUUCAGACGUUUCGAUUCGUCGAACUCUAUUAUCGCUUUAGCACGCUUAUUUAUUAACGCUUUAUGUAUUCUAAAUAAUUCAAAGGAUAUUUCGUUGAUGAUCCGUAAUGUAGCAUAAUAAUCGUCUCCGGAACGUUUCGUCGGACAAAAAGCAUAAGGGGGAUGCACGGCGUAAGAAACGUUUGUAAGUAGAUAGCGAAAAAGAAAUUUUACAUCGCAUACAUAGAGACAAUAUUAAAUAUCGCGCGUGACCAGUAGCAUUUAUAAUCAAAGUAGCGAGAUGGAAUGUCGUAGACAAGUAGAUUUGAAAAUUUUAAAGGAUAGCAGAAUAAAAUACACGAUAUAGGGACCCAUCUUCCAAGUAGUAUCACCUCAGGUCACACCCGGCUGCAUCAAUCCACCCAUAUGCUCAUUUAUUUUAUUUUACCGAUUUCUUUCCGUCUGUAAAAAAUGUUUUACGAUUACGAAAUGCUUUACCCUUGUUGCAAGAAUAUUUUAAUAUGCUAAAAACAAGACAAUCCAUAUUCUUUCACGCGUUUCGAAGAGAAAAUAACAUUACAGAGAAACGUACAGGAGACUAAUAAUAAUUUUGA